CAGUACUAGUGAGCUGUAGGCAGCAUAUACUAUAUCUAUAUAGUCUACUGUCUACAAAAAGUCAUAGCAUGAUACAAAUAACUCCGAGUCAAAUUGAAUUAAUUUAAAUCCAAUUAUUAAUUUUAAUUCUAUGGCUAAGAAGAACAAAUAAAAAAAUUGAAUUUAUUAUACAUUUAACCGAACAUUGUUUACCUCGUAAUUUCGGCACAAUGGAUAAUUCUACUUCAGCAAUGUUAAUGGAUCCUGUAACAGAUCAUUUGUAUCCAGCUUUAUUUCAGUGUUUCACUAUCAUUGUGUGUGGAUAUCUCGCUGGAAGACUGAAUAUUGUAUCAAAAUUGGAGUCAAAGGGUAUUGCUACAUUUGUAGGCACAUUUGCUUUGCCUUCAUUAAUAUUUUUAUCCCUUGCUCGUUUGGAUUUUAGUACAGUGAAUUGGCAGUUUCUCAUAGCAAUUUUGGUAGCAAAGGGGCUUGUAUUCUUUGGUGUUAUUAUAGUGUGCAUACUAGUAUCUAAACCAGUGAAUUUGGCACAAGCUGGAAUAUUUGCAAUUUUUUGUACACAGAGUAAUGAUUUUGCUUUGGGAUAUCCAAUCAUAAAUGCAAUUUAUGAGAAAACACAUCCAGAAUAUGCUCUUUAUUUGUAUUUGAUGGCUCCAAUUUCGCUGGCUAUAUUAAAUCCUAUAGCUUUUGUGUUAAUGGAAAUAAAUAAACAAAAAGAAAUAGAGGUGUCAGCAUCAGACUCCAGUCAGAGAAAAAAUAUAAGUAAAUGGAAAAUGCUUUACCAAAUAUUUCGAGGUGUUAUAUUAAAUCCAUUGUUGGUAAUGACUAUUCUGGGUAUAAUUGGAAACAUAGUAUUUAAACAUAAACUUUCCAUCUAUAUUGAAGGUUUAUUGGAUGUAUUUGGGCAAUCCUUCUCAGCGUCAGCUCUGUUUCUCUUGGGUCUUCGGAUGGUUGGUCAAAUCACACGGUUAAGAGGUCCUGCACUGGUGUUGCCCUGUGUAUUAAUUAUGGUUAAAUUGAUCGUUCUUCCAGUGGUAAUGCGUGAAUGUGUUAGUGGAUUAGAUGCAGGUGUUAAUGUGACAGACACACAGUCUCUCUCAACUUAUGCAUUUUUGUAUGGAACAAUACCAACUGCACCAGCUGUCUUUGUCUUCUCUAACUUGUAUCAACUGGAAAUUGAUUUGGUAGCGUCAUCUAUGGUGAUAUGUACGUUUUUAUCCGCCCCAAUGACAUUCCUGUCUGCUGAAGUGAUAACGAUGAACAAUGAUUAUGCAGAUAAAAUAAUAGCUUUCCGUUUUGGUAUAUCCAUAGUAGCGUUGAUAGCUGCUGUUUGGGUCUUUAUUGUCUUUUCUGUAACACGGAAAUACAAAAGGAUGCCUCAUAGACUGACACUUUGCUUGAAUGUUUCACAGAUAUUAUUGGCUAUAAGUGUAAUAUGGGGCGGGGCAGAGAAAACGUUUACACCCACCUGGAGUACGAUCAUUCAGCAAUCGUUGCAGGUGUUCAGUAUUUAUUCCUGCCUCCUUUGGACAUCUAUGCUCUCGGUGGGACUGUUUAUGUUGGAGAGCCGUGGCCCAUGUUUCGUGGUCACCCUUUGGCCCGUGCUGGCGUUCGUGGCGUGGGGCGCUCCCGCAGUCAUGGUAGCAGCUCUGCUGAUCACCAAGCAGACUGGAACAAGCAUCAACGCUGAUGCGUGUGACGUUAUUCGGCUUAGCGUCCUCUUCUUUUGUAUUACGGUGUCAACAGGCUGUUUAAUCUUGUACGUGAGGUUCCGACGCCGUAGCGCCCAGUUCUCGAGUCUAACUCAUUAUCCUAUCAUCUCGCCGCCGGAUGAAUCAACCAGUUUGGUGGAAAACGCCGAACCGAUGUCCAAUACGCAAUCCAUAUCCAAUAAUAGCAUGGAUGAACAAGGCUGUUACGGUACUAUUACGGCAACUCCAUCUCCAAACAAAAAUUUGACAUGUUGCAAUAAUGACCCUAACUGUGAGAGUGGGAAUCUAAAUGAGGGACAGGAUAUUGAAGAUAUCGCUAAUAAUAGCAAGGAAUGCGCGUGCCCGGCAUCCCAAAAAGGUCGUUGUACUACCUCAGAAACCUGUCAAUACUUGAACGACCUGGAUCAGGCUGCCAGCGCAUUAGGCCUUGUGCCACCGGAACAGUCAAGAGGUAGAGGUGGACAGUUAUUGAAACAUACUGUUCUACUCAUCGUUUAUAACCUUAUUAUGUUUAUUGGGGUAACAUUUACAACGUGGCGAGUACUGCGUAAAGACGAGGCGGGAGUGUUCAUAGAGAUACAGUUCCUGGACACGGCAGCUGUGUAUGGGCAAGCACUGGUUAUGUUUACCCUCUUUGGCCUUGACCCAGAAGAAAUAUUCAUACCAGCCGUUCGUUACUUCAAGAAGAUGUGGCACGGAGCAGAUACUGUGGUACUGCCGUCAAUAGAGGAAUUAAGUUUUGAAACUAAACACGUGUGCGAUCAGUUUAUUACGCAUCACCUUGAACGCUGUAAGGAAGCCAUCGCUAAGGAUACACGGUGGCGCAUGCGCACCUACCAUGGAGUAUUUCGCGGGUCCUAUCUAGUUCGAUGGUUAGUCUCCACUGGACUCGCAGCCGAUGAACACUCCGCUAUUGUUUACGGACGACAUUUACUAGAUGGCAGACUUAUAUCACAUAUUAAUAAGGCUCAUCAUUUCACAAAUUCACCAUUGCUCUAUACAUUUGCAUAGAUUUUAAUCGCUAUGUAACUUGGUUUACCAACUACGAACAUAACUUCUUCAAAGAUUGACAUUGUAGUUUCGUAAAUUGUUUCUUGAGGCCUUUAUAAUUCGGUAUUGCGAACAUAAUAUUGAAACAAAGUUUGAAUUUUUCAACUACUAUUAAAUUCGUUAAGUUGGUAAUUCCAAUUACAGCUUAUGACCAAACCAUAUAAAAAAAAUUAAAAAGAAUAAUGGUUUUCACAAUGUAGGUUAAGGUAAUUAAUAUUUGCUUCAAAUAUCUUAUUUUCAUAUUAACAUUUAAAUCGUAUAAUGCUCAACAACUAUUGUACGCAAAAAACACUUAAUUUAAAAAAAUGUAUUUCAGUAGAAUAUUUCUUGAUUUUAGAAUGUUAUAGUUUUAUAGUUGUUGUACAAGUUUGCGGUGUUAAAGACGGGUGAACGAGCAUUUAGACACUCCAUUAGGUACUUACAUUAUGAUGAUUUUUUGUGUAGUAUUUAUUUUGUGUUAAAAUCCUUAGUAGAGUUUGGUAAAUACUGCGAUGCGUAUUUCCUUCUAAUUAAAAAAACAUGAUAUAAUAAUUUUACAUGUACACUUCAGCAAAUAUCAGUCCAUUGUCAAAAGGGAGAUAUCGCAGUGAAUGUAAUGUUCUCAAGAUAAUUUUUUAAAAAUGAAAUUCCUCAAUCGACCCCAACUCUAUUCUUAGUGCUCUCUAUUUAUAGUGAAUAAUAUUCCAUAAUAGAUUUAAGUUUAAUUGUCGGUUUAGUAAAACGAGGAAUAAAGUUAACACGGUAUGUUGCCAUGGUUACCAUUAUAUUUGUAUGAAAAUAACAUUGUAACCUACUGCCUACUUUAAAUCGCGUCUUAUAAUAAGGGUUAUAAAGGGGCGAUGAUAGUAGACAUUUCUGUACCGGUGUGAACUAAGCUGCAUUAGUAUGGAUAAGUUGUCUCGUAAGGGUAAGGUUCUUGGAACGCAUUGCUACAUUCAGAUUGAGUCGCCGUUUUGUUAUUAGAAGAUUUUUGACUAUGAUUUUGUGUUUUUGUAUGUGAUUUACAUUAUUAUUAAUUAUCAUUCGACGAUGUCACAAAUAUUGGUUGUAGUAUUAAGAACGAAUUUAGUUGUAUUAGUUACAAGCCUGUGGUGCUGUGAAUGUUUACUUUUAGAUGUUUUUUGAAAGUAAACCCUGUAGCCUAAAAUUUAAAAAAAAUAUUAUAAUGCCCGGACAGUAAAAUAAAAAUCCUCGUAUUUCGACACUACUAAAUUCUAUUAUUGGAAUUAAUUUAUUCCAAUGAAAACUAUCUUUAAGCAAUAGUAACUGUAUUUAGUUCUAUGUUUAAAACAUAAACAAACUUAUUCAUACUUAUAUUAUUAAAUUAUUUGCAAUCUUCAUGUGCAUGACUACAUUUUGUGACCAGAGCAGGAAUUUUAUUUUAUUCAUCGGGUUUUGUUAUAUUUUUUUUAACAUUAGGAUAUUAUUUUUAAUUGAUGCUAUAUUUUUAUAUUAGACUCCUAUUGAUGAAAUCAAUCUCAUUGAAUAACUAUUUUAUCUGUAAAUUAUUCACUAUUAAUUUAACUUGCACCUUUGUGAUUUUAAAAUAUAUUUAUGCAUAACACUGUUUUUCUUAUAUCUAUUUGCUUGAAAAAGUUAAUUUGAAUAUUAUAAGAAUGAUGAUACUUGUACGAAUGUUGCAUCAAUUGUGAUAAAAAUAUGGCUGUUAUAUUUUGCUUGUUAUUGUAUACCAUUGAAAUACUAAGCUUUGGUAAUUAUUGGUACUGGAAAAAUAUAAUCUUUGUUGUCUAUUUAUCAAAGUAUUCAAAUUAUAUUGUAGCAAAUUGAAUUAUGUUUUAUUUUUGUCU